AUGACGAAUGCCGCCGCUAUUCCUCCGCCGAGCGUGGCCAGCAUGAAAAAUACUUCUCAACUUGUGUGGACGGCACGAAGCGCGAUCGUUUGGCCUGGCUUAGAGACCUCCGGCAUACCACCAGAACCAUCAGAGUCACAGCAAACCGCAGCAACCAUAUCCCUGCUUUCCACCGGCCAGCUGCCUAUGGCCCCAUCCCUUGACUACUCACCAGACAUUGCACCCAAGGCGUUUGCAAUCAGCGGUGUCGCAUACCGACCGCCGGACUACGAGAUCCUCGCCUUGAUCUCUUUUAUCUCUUACAUGGAGCAAUCCAAUGACACUUCAUUUGCCCGUGAGUACUGGGGUGGAUGGAAGGCUGCCCCCAAUUGGUUUUCAGAGUAUCGCAGCGACUCUACUAGACUCAUUGACUUUUCACUAUUCGUCAAUGCCUUCCUGUGCCUCACUAUUGGGUCGGUGGUUAAGACCGCCUCUGUCGAUGCGUUUAAGGGUAUGGCCUCAGUUGUUUCAUCGGCUAAAAAGUGGGCUAUAAUCGCCAAAUCCCUCCAAGGAACCCUCAAUGCCGACUUGUGGAGUGAGGAAUAUGGCGUCUAUUUCAUCCAGAAGUCGCAACUCGGGAACUUCUCUCUUUUCGCUCUUGGCUUUGCCAUCACGUCCGGAUCAGCCAAUACCACUCAAAUCAACCGUACGUUGUCUAAAUUACCUUCCCUCAAGCGGGGACCAGAAUUUCGUGACUCAAGUCUGGUCGCCCCAUCAGAUUCGAGCGCGAACCUUUCACCCAACACAAACGGUGUCCUUCUCCCAGCCCUACCACAGCAAAAGCAGGCAGCUCCUGUCGCAGUCUUGCUGGACAACGUUUGGGGCGCAAUGGUCAGCAAUGACUCUACCAAAUCGGAUACUAGCUCAGAGUAUGGCGGAGCUGCGACAUAUGCACUUACGAACUACGUGGCUGGUAUUCGGCUGGUGACAUUUGAUUAUAAAUCGUGGGUUGUGGAUCCGGAUUACGCGGGAUUUGGAUUGGAUGAAGUGAGCGCCAUGGUCCCCACACCCCGUGGAGCUUUGAGCGUUACCUGGGCGGCGAAGAACAGUGUUGUCACAGUUACUAUCGGUGCUCCCGAGGGAACAACUAGAAAGAUGGUCUUGAGCAAGAACUGGGCGUUCCAGGGUGGAAUUAACCUGACUCAAUGA